CCUUUCAUGCUACUGGCUUCUUGAAGUCCAUGAGUCGUUCAGCAUGAAAAGGCAUGUGGACUAUAAAAGGAGUAUUUCACAAGAAGUGCAAACUGGUAUAAAUUCAAUAGUUAAAUAAAAUACCAUGGGUCAGAUUUUUCCAAUAAGCGCGUUAAAGGUAAUCAAGUUGAUAUCUCUCGCUCUAUAUAUACUAUACCUGAUCAAAUGGCGAUAGAUCGAUAAUCCAAUGUUACAUGUUUAUACCCGUAAGAUAGGUGAUCUUUUGUAUUUCAAUAGAGCGAAGCAAUGUAUAGGAAUUAUUUAAAACAGUUCGGUUAUAAACAGACAGACAUGAGAGUUCAGGACAACAUGGAGAGUGGUAAUGCCGAAAAGGGCACCUUAAAUAAGGAACAUCAGGAUAAAAGUGAAAUAAAUGGUGACAUUAAUACAGACAGCGAUAAAGAAGACGCCGAUAGCCUUAGCAACAGCGUAAAUAUGCCAUUCUCUACUAGCGCCAAACAGAGGAAAUUGAUUUUACAUUUUGAUAUUCGGAAUACAGUGCUAGUUGCGGAUUCUGUGACAAAUGUAUCCGUGGAGCAAGCGCUCAAUAGUUUCCUGACGGGGGUCACGUGGGGCCGUGAGGACACUUCCGGUGAGUGGCAGUGGCAUUCCGACCAACUGUCUUUGACUCCGCCCGCUAAGGAUGUGGUCACUUAUUAUAAAUAUCUUGAGAAAAAGUUUGUGAAAAACACGAAUGAUCGAACUCUGUUGCGACUUGCAACUGGUGAUUUUACUCAUAAUGAGCUUGGUAGAAUAUUUCAUCCACAUUUUCAGAAUCACAUGGAACUCCUUAAAUGGAGGCAUGAAUUUGAGACGGAAAGGCAUAACAUAUUGACUAUGUCAGGCCACGAUGGCCAGCAAUAUAAUUAUUUGGUUCCGGCAUUGUACAAAUGUAUUUAUCAUCUCGUAGAAACGGAAAGAGACUUCGCAAUUGUGUUCAGAACUUUUGGUUUAGAUGCGCCAAAUGUGAUUAAAAGUUUAGCGCACGGUCUUCAGGGCCACCAUCCCGGAUUCAAGGAACCAGUUGAACUUCCGGUGGAUGAAAACAUCGGGACGGUGAAAAGGAGUGCUACGGCGCCAACGGUGGCAACCACUUCAGGUGCAGACGGCACGAAAACCUUCACCGGCGACCGCGAGAUAUACGAUAUGUUAUCGCAAAGAGUGGGCAUUUCCGGUUUUCGGGACGAUGUCCAUUAUUGGUUGGAAAACAACUACCACCAUCACACCUCCAAGCCCCUCAUUAUUGACCCUUUUGACCAAAACGUCCACCAUAUUUUCUUUGAUGAUAACUACCGGACGUACGAAGAUGAUAGUAUCGUUGACGUUCGGAUGUUUGAAUCCCGCGGCGCCAGUGAGGCCCGGAGUCUUCUGAAUGUGGAAACUGCUCAAUUUGAAAAUGUAUGUGUUGUACAGGCGGACCUCAUUAAAUGCAUUGAGGAUGAAAACUACUAUAAAGACAGAGUGGCUGAGUGUGAAACAAACUAUUCUGAGUUCUUAAAACGAUGGAGAAAGCUCUCACGGAGUAUGUCCGUCCGUGAAAUUCUUUUAUGAGUUUUCCUCUGAAUUUGUUCUGCUCUUAUAGGGCAAUGUGAUAAACAUUUUUUUUUCUUCAUUUUUACAUUUUAGUAGAAUUGUAUUUUACCUUGACAUAUCAACUUGGCUGUGAUAACCGCAAUAGGUAUUGUUUGUAUUUAUGGUUUAUAAAUAACGUCAUUCGAGGGUGGUAUUAGAAAAUACUUAGCAAAUACACAUAAGACUGACACAGGACAACAAUGGCAAUAUAAAACAUGACUGGCAAUAUACAACACAGAUUCAUAGUUGAGGCAAUAGCUUCAACACUUAAUUUAUGGAAACGGGCUAUUCUAGGAAAUAAAAAAAACCCAGAAAGUACACGUUUACGAAAGUACAUUAAAAAUUAAUGGUUUGUGCAUUUUUCUUGAGAAUGGUUUCAUAAUAUACUGCAUUCUCAAGAGUUGGUUUGCCGGUACAAAAGACCGAAGGAGAAUUCAUACAUGUAUGUCUGUUCACUUAAGCGGUAAUGUCAAUGUGUGUUCAUGUAUUUAGUUAGGUUUCAGGUAAAAGACUUCCAGAGAUCAUUCUUCGGUAUUUGCUUUUCAGAUAAGUACGUAAUAUAUUUAAGAUAACACCAUAGAUAAUGAGAUUGAAUGUACUUUCGUAAAAAUGCAUUUCUGCUAAAAUAUGGACAAGUUUAGAGACUAUCCGAUUAGUCUCGUGCAACAUGUUGUCUAAAAUAUGUAAAACAAAACAACAUUAAUAACAUAAAAGGGACAUCUGGAAGUCCAAUAUACGCUUCCAUAACGAAUGAGCGCAGGCGGAUGAGGAUUUUUUAUUCUAUCAAACAAUUGUUAAUCAAAGCAUGGUUAUAUGUAAUUCAGGACUUUUACCUCAGUUUAAGAAGCUUCAGGGUAUAGUUACAUUUAUGAUGAACAAUCAAUUUGGAAUCGGUCGAUGUGUUCUUGAAUUUCUUUAUUGCAUAAAUGAUCCAAACAUUUUCACGAAUAUACUUGGAUUGCAACAUGUUUCCCCUGUCAUUUCUUUUGAUAUACAAUGCACUUGAAUCUAUACGUUUAAAUAAUCAAAGUCACUAAAAGAGUUUACGUUAAAUAUCAAGGAGCGAUUGAUCCUGUGUCAAUAUCUUAACAUCUCCAUGAAGACACUAAUUGACUGUGCUCUGUGAAAUUGAAUAAUAUUUUAUAAUACGUUCAUGUUAGAAAACACUUAAAGCCAAUCUCACUAAGAGUUCAAGAUAAAUCAUACCACAGUGAAUGUUAACUUUUAACAACAAUUUAAUACCACUUAAUUUGUUGUUGUUAAUUUCAUGUGUUUAAGCAUACUGGAUAAUAAAGACUGAAAUUGUUUUUGGUAUAACUUACUUUAUGACGAUUCGAAACUAAACAUUUAAAUUAUUAUUCUAAUCAUUUGUAUAGACUAGGUAAUGUCACAGGAUUGUUUUCAUCUCGGAAUCACAUUUUAUUUACUGAUGAUACGAAUACAAAUAUAAUUAUGUAGUAAAUAGUAAAUACAAAUGUUUACUGCCGACGCAUUAAGCAGAUCACGAGUAUAACAUACUGAUGUCGGGACUGUAGAAAUGGUCAUAAACGAAAUUAUUACUGCGUUUUACCAUGGGAGAUUUUCUAACAUAUUCACAAUGUUUUUGCUCAAAAUAACUUAAUCAAAGAACGAUGUUUCAUGUACUUGACAUAUCUAUUUUAUCUAUAAAUGCCGACAAAUCAAUAACCUGCCUGGUUAUACCAAUAAACCAUACACGACAGCAAUCCUAAUAUCGAUACUGAAACCAAAUGAAUAGCAAUUUGCCAUAUCACUCCGGGUUCUAGUCUGUGUUCUAAUUGUUAUCCCACUUUUAUUCACGUCGCUCUUAAAGUUAGGCAUUACCAAAUUGUUUCUAUGUUUAGCACCAGGGUCUAAUUUCAAACCGUGUCCACCCGACAAGAAAACAACAACAAACGUUGAGAAACAACAACAACAAGCAUAGUAUCCGUAGUUUAGUGCAGAGGUUCGGACAAGCUACCCGGCAAUGUCUAGCGUACAAGCAAACUCAUAUUAUACUCUUGCAGGGUCUUAAUUUACUAAAGCUUAACCUCUUUAUGGUUUAUAAUAUAAAUGUACCUCUCAACCUGUUUUAUUAGUAUUAACACAUUAUACAUGCAUUGUUUUAUUUAUUUUUAUUUACAUACUGAUUAUUCCUUUAUUUACCCUUGAUUUUUAAAUUUUUACUCUAAAUAAUUCCAGGGUGCCAAUAAAUAAGUGUAACCGUCCAACAUCAAUUUAUCGAAAAUACUCUAAAUUAUUUUUAUAAUUCGUCAAUUUUGAAAUUGAACAAAAACGCUCAGUUUAAUGUAGAAGUAACGACAACACGUCCCUAUUGCACGCACAAAUUGUUAAAAACUUACUUUUUUAUUUCCAUGAAUGACGUUUAUUGUGUUCCGUUUAAGAUGUCAUACUGCGAGUUACAUACAUGUCACGAUAUAAUAACAUGUUGAAUAUGUUGUAAUAUAAAAGGCACAUGGGCAUUUACUAAUGCAAUCCCUUUUUAGUUGCAAUAACCUGAUUUCUGAAGCAUUUCCUUGUAAUACUAGAAUGUGAUACCAAAGACAACCAUAAUAAAACUAUUCUUUGUACUUUA